GAGGCCGGCGAAGGAACGCCUCAAGAAUGUUGCUGAUUGGAGCGCAGAACAGGUUGGUCCGCGACGCGCCAGCGGCAGUCCAAACUCUUUGUUUCCGAGCGCGGGCGGACACAAAAGAAACUCGCAGUUGACAGACGCCGACAUGAGGCCGACAUCCGCCCUGCUGUUCCCGCUGCUGCUGCUGCUGCUGCCGGCGCUCCCGUGCCACGGCCGUACCGUGUCCAGGUGCGAGCUGCGAGACAAGCUGAGGGACAAGAUCAAGCUGUCGGAACGCACGCAAAACCUCACCGACGUGGUUUUGACUUUGCUCGUGUGCCAACUGGAAAAGGUCUCCCAUCGCAGCACAAGCUUCGUGACCAUCUACGGCCAACGCGCCACCACCACCGCCGCCCCCACCACCACCACCACCACCACCCCAAUCCCAACGACCAACAGCACCGCGGCCGCCAACCAAAUCGUCAUCAUGAGCAACCAAACGGUCACCUCCAAUGCCACCGUUCCGACUCCCUUGAGCAACGGCACCGCCGCCCCGCCCGUCAACCAAAGCGGCAUCGGCAACCAAACUGUCAACUCCAACCAAACGCUCAAUGAGGUCAACGAUGGCCAAGACCAGGACCAGGAAGACGACGCUACAGGUGAGGAACCAGAACAGGAAGAAGAACCUGAAGUACAAGAAGAACUAUUCGACGGGGCAGAAGAAACCUACGAUGAGGAGGGCGAGUACCUUUAUGUGAAUCAGGGAAGCAAAAUGGACUCCCACUUGGACGACUGGUUGAAGCUGAUGGAACUUCUGAACGAGGAAGAGAACAUGUUUGAUGAACAAAUGCUGGUGAUCGCCGACGACAAACUGAGCGCCGACGAGGACGACGGCAGCGACCGGCUCUUUCAAAUGGAGUGGUCGCUGGGCCACCACGGCCUCUUCCAGCUCUCGGACAGCUACUUCUGUCAGUCGACCGCCCGAUGGAGCCAGAACGCCUGCAACAGCACCUGCGACGCGUUCACAGACGAUGACAUCGCGGAUGACCUGGAUUGCUUCGUCGACAGUCUUUACUGGCUGUACACGCUGAGGACGGUGUCGCCUCGGUGCUACCAAACGGCCGACUUCUUCGGCCAGUGCAACUGAGCUGCCGCUCCGCUGCCCUUCGCGGUCACGUUUCCCCCGCCCCCCCCCCUUCCGAAGAAACCAACUCUCACUUUUGAUCGCCCCUCUCGGCUCAUGUCAUACCCAAUGAUUGUGUUCAGAUUUUUUUUUUCGUACCAGCGCCGCAUGCGGCGGUGCUUUUGACCGACCGCGAACGACGUCGGCAACGACGCCUUCGCCCAACCCUUGUAAACCUGUUGAACGAAUCACAAUGAAUCAAUAAAGGCCGUGAUUAUUGA